ACGUCAUCUCCCAGAGACGAAAGCGGGAGGGGGUGGGUUUGUGAGCACAACUCGGUGGUGGCGGGGGUAGCCUGUGAAGGUGUCAUGGCUGCUGUCGCUGAGCUUAGUCGCUCCAGCAGUGGUGACAGGAGUUUGGAACGGAGCUGCAGCCCUAAUCUCUCCCAAGAGGUGCUCUGCGAAAUCUUUCGCUCUCUGCAUAGCCUGGUGGGACAACUUAACCUCAGAGAUGAUGUGGUGAAAAUUACAAUCGAUUGGAACAAGCUCCAGAGCCUCUCGGCAUUCCAGCCCACUUUGCUCUUUAGUGCACUUGAACAACAUGUUUUAUAUUUACAGCCUUUUUUAGCAAAACUUCAGCCUCUGAUUAAAGAGGAGAAUACAACUGUUGUUGGAGGGACAGAAAAAACAGAAAUGGGGAAUAAGAAUGAAGUAAAUGCCAAAUUUCCCAUUAGUGACCUACAAGAGGAAGAAAAGCACAAAGAUUGUGAUUUAGGAGAUGUGAAAAAGACACAGAUCCAUGUUGAUCCAGAAGUAGUUCAAAUAAAGGCUGGAAAAGCAGAAAUUGACAGACGAAUAUCUGCAUUUAUUGAAAGAAAGCAAGCUGAAAUCAAUGAAAACAACGUGAGGGAAUUUUGCAAUGUUAUUGAUUGUAAUCAAGAAAACAGUUGUGCAAGAACUGAUGCCAUUUUUACUCCUUACCCAGGAUUUAAAAGUCAUGUAAAAGUUUCUAGAGUUGUGAAUACAUAUGGACCACAGACUAGACCUGAAGGAAUUCAAGGGUCAGGUCAUAAACCUAACAGCAUGCUCCGAGAUUGUGGUAAUCAGGCUGUAGAAGAACGACUACAAAAUAUUGAGGCUCACUUGCGAUUGCAGACGGGUGGUCCAGUGCCAAGAGACAUUUAUCAGAGAAUUAAAAAACUUGAGGAUAAAAUCCUUGAAUUGGAAGGCAUCUCUCCUGAAUAUUUUCAUUCUGUAAGCUUUUCUGGAAAAAGAAGAAAAGUACAACCACCUCAACAGAAUUAUUCACUGGCUGAACUUGAUGAAAAAAUUAGUGCCCUCAGACAAGCCCUGCUCAGAAAAUCAAGAGAAGCAGACUCCAUGGCUACCCACCACCUUCCAUGAAAAACUCCUCUCAUUCUUGUCAUUUUACUUUUUUUAUAUACAUGUAACUUACAGUGCAGUUAAUUAAGUGGAUAUGUGUUUAUCAAUGUAACUUUCCUUCUCUGAAAUCAAGGUUCUUUUCAUGAGAGUCUGGCCUGCAGCAGGUCAUCUGCAGAUAUUCCAGUGAAGUUUGAAAUGGUUAUAAGGUGUGGAAAACAGCAUUGUCGGAACGUGUCCCCUUCUGUUCUAAAGGAGGUAUUUUGGAAACCGAAAAACUUAAUUUCAAAGCACAUCUUUUUGUGUGUGUGUACAUGCCACAGAAAGGACGAUUUAUUUUGAAUAGUGAUAUUUAAAAGGACUUUAUAUUUGUAACAUCAGUGUUAACCAGUUUUUUUGUUUAAAUCAGUACUUUGUACGUAAUAGGCAAGAAGAAUUUACCAACUGAAAUGAAUUUUAAAUGAAUGCAUACUUUUUUUCCCAAAUGCCAACUUUAAUGUAAAUAAACAGUAGACUCUACCUUUAUCCCCUUACUGUGUGACCUUUAGCAAAUUAAUCUCUCUUUGUAUCUUAAUUUCUUUAUCUGUAAAAUGGCAUUGAUAAUAAUAAAACCUACGGUUGUCAUGAA